UUGUGUUUUGUCGUCGGUGCAGAGAGCACUACGCUGUGGAAGGACAGGGAGAGGGACCAAACGAGUCUAGGGCGUUUUUUUUAUAUAUAUAUCGUUGACAGUUUAGCAUUAUUGGAGCAGCAUAAUGACCGAUAAAAUGGAUAUGUCCCUAGACGACAUUAUCAAGCAGAACAGGCAGCAGAGAGGCGGAGGACGAGGUGGAAGAGGUCGAGGGCGCGGGGGCUCCGGCGGCGGCCGUGGAGGAGGCCCUGGGCGUCUUGGAGUCAGCGGCGGUGGAUUUGGAGGCCGAGGCGGUGGAUCCGGCCCCAUGAGGAACCGACAGAACAUGAACCGCGCUAGAGGCAGACCAACGCCAUACAGCAGGCCUAAACAGCUUCCGGAUAAGUGGCAGCACGACAUGUUCGACAACGGCUUCAGCGGCUUCAAUGGCGCUGCUGGAGGUGGCGGAGGAGCUGGUGUGGAAACUGGAGGGAAGCUCCUUGUCUCCAAUCUCGACUUUGGGGUCUCAGAUGCAGAUAUUCAGGAACUUUUUGCUGAAUUUGGGACUCUGAAAAAGGCUGCAGUCCAUUACGACCGAUCAGGAAGAAGUCUGGGCACUGCAGAUGUCCACUUUGAAAGAAGGGCAGAUGCUCUCAAGGCCAUGAAACAGUACAAUGGGAUCCCACUUGAUGGGCGGCCUAUGAACAUACAGCUCGUCACAUCACAGAUUGACACACAGAGGCGACCUAUGCAGGGUCUGAACAGAGGUGGUGGAGGCAUGAACAGAAAUCGUGGUGGCGGCUUCGGAGGCAUGCAGAGAGGCCGAGGAGGGCGCGGUGCAGGUGGUGCCAGAGGAAGAGGGCGAGGCGGCCGUGGUGGUGGCGGCACUAGCAAGCAGCAGCUGUCAGCAGAGGAGCUAGAUGCCCAGUUAGAUGCCUACAAUGCCAGGAUGGACACCAGCUAAAGAAAUCAAGCUCUUCCUCACCUCUUCCUGUCUGCACAGCAGAAGGGUGUUGUUACAGAUGUGCAAAAUAUUUUACACUUGGUUGUCUUCUGAUGUAAUUGAAAUUAUUGUUCCAACCUCUUCUUUUAAAUGCUCCAAAGUGUUUUUUACCAGUAUUUUUUUUUUUUCCCGUUUUUUUUUUCUGAUGAAAAUGGUUUUGGCUGUAGGUUAUAGAACUGGGUUUUCCCAGUUCUUUCUUCUACCCUGUAGUAAAUGAAACUUGUAAUAAAAACCUGCAGUGCAUAUUAACCAAA